GCGGGCGUGGCCCAGUUCUUUGACAUCUGCUUUGUGCACAAGGACCCGGGCAUUGACAAACUGAAUGUCGACAAGUUCCUCCCCUACGACGACGACGCCCUCCAGGAGUCGACGCGGCUCUUCUUCAAGGUGGGCCAGAUCGUGGUGGAGCCCCUGUGGCUCUACGGAACAGACACCUGGGUCAUGAGCCGGCCCAACAUCAUCCGCCUGGGCCCACCCGACCUCACGAAGACCAGCAACCUCCAUGGUAGUCUGAUGGCGGGCUACCUCCCCAAUGGGACGAAUGCCAUGGGGCCCAUGAUCAAGGUCAUUCUGGAAGAUGCGACCACCGGAGACAUUGACGCUUACGGCUGCUUCGGAUUCAUUCCGAACGAGGCCACCGUGGCCGGCCUCUUUUGUGUCAACCGCUCCUGGUGCACCCCUCGCGCCAGCAAAGUGAACGAGGAGCUGAUCCUGGACGGUGGCAACCCGGCUCACCGGAUCACUGUGCUGAAGGCGGGCGUGACCUCCGUGUGCUACUGUGAGUCCUGGCCGUUGGACGAUGCUCGCUGCACCAGGCAGGAGGACUGGAUCCUCGUCGGGAAGUUCCUCGUCUCUGGGCCCUUGGGCAACCAGGAGUGGACGCUGGAUACCGGAAUGGUGCAGAGCAUUGAGGUGGAGGGCUGGGGCCUGCGAGAGACGAACACCGUGCGCAUCCUGGAGAAGGGCCAGACGUGCCGCGACACUGGCUUCGAAGUGGUGGCGCAGCACGUUCUGUGGUGUUCACCGACGAACAAGGGCAUCUGCGUCCGGCAUGGGCCGGGCAACAACGCGACGUCCAUCUUCGACCUCCCUGGCAUCCUCUGGCGGUACAACUCCACGGACCCUCCUGCGUACAUCUUCGACAUCGAGGCUGCCGAUGACCCGCGUGGAGGCACCUUCUUGCACUUUCCCGUCGUGCCGGUCAUCAGGCAGUUUGACAUGAUCGUGAUCGAGGACAACAUUGUUCCUAGGGCAGACCACUGGGUCCGACAGCGUGACCUCUCGCGAAUCAUCCGGGGGCAGGACGUAGGCCACCGCAUCGUGGAGAUGCUCAACGCCGACCGCACUCUGCGCAUCGACAUGGUCCUGGAUCCUUUCCCGAUCCUGGACUUCAACCCUCCCCAGGAGGGAAGGUGGUAUCGGAACAACAAGAUCAAGGCAGGUGGUGGGUAG